AUGCCUCCGCCGUCACCGCUGGCAGCAAAUCUCUCAAGCUCCUCCAAAGUCGUCAAUGCAGCAUACCUUCUCCCUCCCACAGUCGUAUCACCUCGCUCUCUUGCCGCCGCCACCACUUUCGAAGUCGCUGCUGUGCUGGUGGACCUUACCAUUGGAUCCGAUUUCAGUUUAGUUGUCAAUGAGAUAUCCAACUUGGUGCCUGCCUCAAAUGUUCAACAAUCGGAGGGCGUUGUUGGAAUCCUUUGUCAACAAAAAGUAGUAAUGAAGGUUGAAGUACACGGUGAUAAACAGAAAAGGAAGACUUUAAGGAUCGAGUCGUUAGCUAUGGACAUGAAAGAAAAGAAAUUGUGUCAUUGA